AAAAUUAAAUAGAGAGGACAGGGGAGGGGAGAAUUUAUAAAAACAAAGUAAUUUGGGGAUGAAAAGUCAAUUUGACCCAAUAGUUAUUGCCACUUCAGUUUGAAAUCGGGUACUGUAGGUCACAUUAAAAAAUUACUCAUUAAAAGUUAAAUGGUAUUAAAGGUCAACUUACUUUGACUUAAUCAAAAGGUUUGCUUAUUUUGGGAAGACCGGCAAAAUUUUACUUAUUUUUGACAAAUUCUUUUUUUUUUUCUUUUUCUUUUUAAUUUUUAAUUUUUUUUUAUUUCAGUAAAAAUCUUCUCUCAAAUUUUUCUUUCACAACCAAAUUUGAAGGGUUUAGAAUCUCAUAAUCUGUUUUGAUUGAUCAAAUCUAUAGUUAUUAUUGCUAUUUUAAAUCAAUUAUCAAUUGUAAUUUUAUUUAAAUCCUAAAUUCCUGAUUUUGAUCUUAUGAUUCAAUUCACUGGGAAAUGAUCGAUAUUUUCUGGGUAAUUUCAUUUCAAUUCUUUGUUAAGUAGGAUGAGUGGUCGCUCAAUUGGAGGAGGUAGUACUCCAAAGAAAUUUGAUGCUUACCCUAGAGUCGAAAUUGAUAUUGAAUCAUUAGGUUUUAGAAACCCUAGAAGAGCUAGAAAUUCCAAAUCCAAUUUGAUCAGAAUGAUUAAAUCAGUUGCAAAUCGUGUCAAGUAUUAUUACAAAUUACAUCCUGUAUUAGCCUUUUUACUAAUUUUGUCAUUUGGAUUGGCAAUUAUAACCAUACUUAUAUUUUAUGAAAAUCGUGUUCGAUUAGUGUAUAAUUAUAGGCAAUUCGAUGCGAAACCGGGUUUUUAUCCGCUUCCGAAGCUUACAAAUCUUGUGAUGGUAGCUGGGCAUUCAGUUUAUACUAGUAGUAAUUGUGGGAAAGUUGAUAAUGAGAAGUCUUGGUUUUUGGAAUCUUAUCAAAUGCAUCCUGGUCAAGCUGCCACAUUUUUGGAACAUAUUAAGGAGGGUGUUGAAGUUGCUGCUAAGGAUGAUCAGGCUUUGUUGUUGUUUAGUGGGGGCGAGACUCGAAAGGAUGCCGGUCCUCGUAGUGAAGCCCAGAGUUACUGGCUUGUUGCUGAAUCGAAAGGGUGGUUUGGGGAAGGAAAUGUCAGGGAGAGAGCACUUACAGAAGAGCAUGCAAGGGACAGUUUUGAAAACCUUCUCUUUAGUGUUUGUCGAUUCCGGGAGCUCACAGGCACAUAUCCUCUAAACAUAACAGUUGUAAGUUAUGAUUUUAAAAAGGAGAGGUUUGCACAACUUCACAGGUUGGCAAUUGGCUUCCCUGCAUCAAGGUUUUCCUAUGUGGGCACACCUGCAUCGGCGACUUCUGAAGCAGCAGCUAAGAAAGGUGAAUCCUUAGUGAGAUCUCAGUUUGAAAAAGACCCAUAUGGCUGCCUCAGUUCGCUCCAUCACAAGAAAUUGAGGCGAGAUCCUUUUCAUCGGUCAAUACCUUAUCCUAAUGGAUGUCCCGAAAUUGAAGGCUUGUUCAAACAUUGUGGAACAUCACUUUACGGAGGCCCUCUUCCAUGGGGUUAAUGUAUACUUUGUGGCUAUGUACUUUUUAUGACCAUUCACACAAUGAGCGUCCAAAUGUUCUAUUCCAGAUUUGUUGCAGAUGUAGAAGAUAAAAUUCCUAAUCAGGCAUUAAUCGACUUUGCCGUGAAGGAUUAAGAACUACCAAGGAAUAGUGGGGCAUUUUUUCCCAUGGUUUCGACCUCUCCUAUGGGUUAAUUUGAGAUGCAAUAUUCAUACUCCA